AUGGCAGAUGAGCCCAACGCAAGGAGAAAGCCAAGAAGAGUCAAAGGAUGUCACAACUGCUCUCAGAGGCGAAUAAAUUGUGAUCAGGGGACCCCGUGUCAAAAAUGCGUCAAGAAGGGUCUUCAGUGUUCCGGUCUGGGGAUCCGCUAUCGCUUCAAUAAUGGAGUCGCAUCAAGGGGUAAUUUGGCGGGGGAAAAGAUCCCAGUUAAAAAUUCCAGUCCUGAUCUAACUUCCACUUAUGGCGAACCGACUGCGCAAGAGGAGCCCCAGUAUGAAGAUGCUUUAUCAAUGUCAACUGUCUUACCUUCAGCGAUUCUGGACCACUUGGAUCGGAGAUCUCGGUUUCUACUGAACUACUGUAUGAGACCAUCCAUUUUGAUGCUUGGAUUUUUCUAA